CGCCUACUUGUUUUUCAUAUUGUUAACAGGCAUGUUUUGUGUAAUGUCUACUGUGACAAAUAAGCCAACUUUGUUUUUCAUAAACAUGGUGAAUGAACUUGUUCACGUCAGGUUUAACUUGACUGCGUAGUGAGAACCAAACCCUAGAAGAGCAUCUGAACACAAAGAACAGUACAUCGUCGUCAUUCAAAUGGAUGAAUCAUCCUGUGUACAAAGUCAUACCUGCUCGGGAGCUCCUCCUGUGGGUUGUAUUGGACCCAAUCCAUGUCUUGUGAAUACCAAAGUUGAGAAGAAAACUGUGAAAAAAAAAAAAAAGAAUAAAAAGAAAAAAAGUGCUGCAUGCCAAAUGAAAACAGGCAGUGAAUUUACUCAGGUCGCUGUUGAAGAGCAGUCAUCAGCCUCAGAGAACCUUACUGGAAACCACAAAAAUAAGCCUGCAGAAUCAAACAGCCAAAAAAGAAUAAGUCGAUCUAUUUCACCUGUAAGAACUACUGCAAUCCCAAGUCCACAGAAACCAUCAACUAAGCCUACCUGCGACCAGUCAACCCAGACAGAGUCACUCCAAUGUCAAUCCAUCCAAACGCAGUCAACACAAACCCCUCUCAUCCAAGGUAUACAUACAACAUCAACAGAAACCAAGUGCACCCAGACAAUACGGUCCAGUUUUUAUUUACACCAGGCAUACUGGGGAAAAUCAUUCACUGAUCAGUCCGCUGAUGAGCAGAAAACCCAGUCCAGCACAAGAAGCAAUCAUCUGACAGUGAUAUCAUGGAAUAUAGAUGGUCUGGAUGAUGAGAAUGUACAUGACCGGGUCAAAGGUCUGCUGUCACACCUAGGAAAGAACCGUGCAGAUGUUGUGCUACUGCAAGAGCUGGUACCUCCUUGUGUGAAGAUUUUAAAGAAUGUUAUGAAAGAUUAUCAAUUUCUAGAAGGCAGUGAAGAUGGCUACUUCUCUGGGAUUUUGCUCAGAAAGGACAGAGUGCAGUUUCUUCAGAGCAACAUUGUGAAGUAUCCCACCACUGAGCAGGGAAGGAACCUGCUAAUAGCAAAUGUGAGCGUUUCAGGCCAUCCUCUGUGCAUUAUGACAUCUCAUCUGGAGAGCUGUAAGACAGGCUCUCAAGAACGCUUAAAUCAGCUGCGGAGGGUUUGGAAAUGGAUGAGGGAGACCCCAGAGGACCACACGGUUAUAUUUGGAGGAGAUACCAACCUUAGAGAUUGGGAGGUAAAGAAGCUUGGGGGGUUGCCGGAUAAUAUCUCUGAUGUGUGGGAGAUGCUGGGACAACCAGAGGAAAGCAGAUAUACCUGGGACACGUCCAUUAAUGAUAACAAUGACAUUCCGAAUCCAAUUCGCCUGCGAUUUGAUCGACUUUUCCUUAAAAGAGCUGCAAAGGGUGCACAGCUACAGCCAGAAAGCAUGACUCUGAUUGGCCUGGAGAGGCUGAAGUGUGACUAUUUCAUCAGUGAUCAUUGGGGCAUCCUUUGUACUUUCAUAUUUGGGGAAUCGAAAGAACAGUGUGUGACUGACUGAUGUCUUGUUUAUGAUCUACAUGAUUACAUGGAUCAAAACUAUCAUAUGCUUUUUAAACAAAUCACUAGACAGAUGAACUCUGAACUAGUGCCAACAUGUUUAUUUAGUUAUAAAUUGCUGGGAGAUUAACUACUGUAUAUACCUUCACUGAUGAGUCAAAACAUUACAACCUGUCAAGGGUAAAGUAAAUAUUGUGGAUUAUAUCCAAAUGAGGCCAGAUAUUAAAGUGAUUCAUAAUCAGUAUGAGAGAUAAUAAGAGAUAUGGACUGGACGAAAGUCUUGUGGUAGUGGUAAUAAAUUUGCAACAAUGGUCAGAGGAGGGACAAACUACAAUCUGGUGGCAAGAUUUUGGGCACACACAAGCACUGGAUUUGGGUUGCCUACAUUAUUAAAAUUGCUGGAUUGUUUUAAUCCAAAUUAUGGGUCAAAUAUGGAAAUAACCUACAGUGUUAAUGUUUAUAAAUGAUUUUUAAAUUACAUUUCUUUAAUCCCCCAAUUGGGAUUGUCUAUUGACCCAGUGUUGGGUUAAAACAACCCAGCAUUUUUGAAGUGUGGUCCAAUCCCAGCAGGCACAGUACGUCAACAUGACGUCAGAUUGACGCACCCAAUCAUUGUGGUUGUUGCAUUUUGUUUGGAAAUGAAAAUCGGGUUGACGUCAUAACCCAACGUCCAACUUAAAAUCAACCAAAUAUCAACUUCUAAUAAUGUUACAGUUUGACGUUGUCUGGACGUUAUCACUAUGAUGUCUAUCAGAUGUUGGAUUUUGGUUGCCAUACCUGACAAAUAAAUGUCCGUAUUGACGUCAAUAUGACGUUGGGUUUUGGUCACUUUCUAAUACAACCUUAAAAUCAACCAAAUAUCAACAUCAUUUGAUGUCAUUAUUGGACGUCAAAGUAACAUUGACGCUGGCUAGACAUUAAAUUUUGGUUACCCUACGUCACUACCUAAAUCUAACCUAAAAUUAAC